ACGAAGAACUUGGAGAGUUGCGGCCGCCUAUUCAAAGUUUCUGCCUCGAUACAGAAGAAGCAUGCCGAAAAGAGCAGAUAAUAGACAUGGAGAAGCAAGUUUUCAAAUGUGUAGGGCGUCAUUUGGUUGAUCCUACCACAAAUACAUUUUUGAGGAUGUUUCUUGUUGUAGCAAGAGCUUCCACCAAGUUGCAGUGCAUGUCCUCUUUUCUUGCCGAGUUAUCACUCAUGAGUCAGAAAUUCGUACCUUACCUCCCUUCAAAGGUGGCUGCAUCCGCCUUGUUUCUUGCACGGUGGACAUUAGACCCUACACGGCAUCCUUGGGACGAAUCUCUCCAGAAAUUCACUACUUACGAGUCAUGUGAAUUGAAAAAUAUUGUUUUUUAUCUUCAAGCUCUUCAGCAGCAAAUUGAGGGCAAUGUUUGUACCACAAUCCGCAAUAAGUAUUCAGAACCCAAGUUCCAAAAUGUUGCUGCAUUAUCUUCAAAGGACUUGGAUGAUACAAUGUUCUGACAAGGAGUAUGCGCAAUUUAUGUCCUCUAGUUCCAAAAUGUAGCUGCAUUAUUUUCAGAGGAGUUGGAUGAAUGUUCUGACAAGGAGUGCAAGGAUGGGUCCCUGAUAUGAUAUAAUGAUAGUGCAGUGAAUUCAUUCUUCUUUUUUUUUUUCUUUUUUUUUUGUAUAUAUGCAUGAUCUUGUGGUGGGAUUCUUGUUUACUUGUGAGAUGAUUUGUACUUUGGACAUAUAUGAUUUGUAUAAAUUUGAUUUCAUGGCUGCUUCAAUUGUGGACCAUGAAAUAGACCAUGAACAUAACUGGAGUUUAAUUUCAUUUUUGGUCAUAGAUAUUAACAUUGUACUAAUUUUAGUUCUUAGGUUCCAAAUUGCGCAAUU